AAUCAGCAAAGUUGCGUCCUCCUCUUCCGAAGUCCGGUACUAUCAAAACCAAAAGUGAGCUGAUUCUGGAGAAGCAGUUGUUGCAAGAGCAGAAGGAAAAGGCUGCAGAGGAGGAACUGAAGCUACAAACUCUUCAAAAAAUACGACUACCUGGGCCGGAGAAUAAACCAGCGGAUUUUGUUGUUGUCCCGAAAGCUGCAGCUGGGUCUGCUGCCGACAACAUUCUUGUUCCUCCCAUUGCCCCUCCAGCUGUGUCCAAAGCCUCGGCGCUCUCGUCGACUACGAGCUCGCGGCCCCGCAUCAUGCGAGAGGCACCGCCCCCGAUUAUGGCGGCACCAGCACCGCCUCGGGAUAGUUCGGAAGAGGACCCGAUUUUCGAGUCGCCCGAACCCUGUUCUACUUAUUCCGGGCAAAUUGUGAUUGAGCAGAAUGAGCACGCUCCAGAACUACAAGUACAGAAAAAAGCGCAAAAGAAGAACGGCGG